CUUCAUCAUCAAGCGGCGGAUGACAACACAUAAAGAAGAGCGAAAGGAUGUGCCCCACCUUCUAACUAACGGAGAAGUUAUUGAUGUCUAUACAGUCGGCCGUCUCAUUAGUAUAGGAGGAUUUGGACAGGUUUAUACUUGUUUCCAUCAACUGACACAUGAACGCGUUGCUAUAAAAGUUGAAGCGAUGGCGGCUAAGAUGCCUUUGUUGCGAAACGAGGCGGUUUGUCUACAUUAUCUUAAUGGCAUACACAACCCACACGGUGAUGAACCACGAGAGCCUAUACUUCGUUUUAUUAGUUACGGACUUACAGAUAAACUCAAGUAUCUGAUUAUGGACCAUUGCGGUGCAAAUUUGCGAGAUUUGAAGCAAGCCACUCCCAAGGGGCAGUUUAGCAUCGCUACAUCAUUAUGGAUAAUGGAACGAAUGGUGUCUGCUUUGCAGUUUAUGCAUUCUCAUGGUUUUUUGCACAGAGAUGUCAAGCCAGCUAACUUCUGCAUAGGAGACAAUGAAACACAUAAAUUAUAUUUGAUUGACUUUGGAAUGUGCAGAUGUUUUAUCAACACGGAUGGUUCUUACAAGAAACGAAAACCUUCGAGCCCAUUCCAUGGCACUGUUCGAUAUGCUUCAGUUAACACACACAACAAAAAGGAUCUUUGUCGAUGGGAUGACCUUUGGUCUGUGUACUACAUCACCAUUGAAAAUAUGGUAGGAGCAUUACCAUGGAGAUAUGUUACCGACAGAUGCAAGGUCGCUGAGAUGAAGAUCAAGUUCAAGUUCAAUACGUUACAAUACGGAGAUGAACCAUGUAUGCCUCAGCCACUAAGGAUUCUAGCUUACCAUUUACUGGAAUCUCGCCAAAAUCAAGACGCAAGUUUCUAUACCGCUCCUCCUUAUGGGCAUAUCAUUCGCGAAGUGGAGUACGAUUUGGACUUAAGGCACUUUUACAAGAAUUCCCCGCUUGAUUGGGAAACGCGACAGGAGUCGGUGAUUGGAGAAUGUUUCGAAGAAUGCGAAGCAUUACGCACUAGUUUACCUGUUGAACAGCCGCUCUAUGACUGUAAUGGAGAGCAGUCGGUCUAUUGCUUUUGAUAGUUCCUUUGUUUCUUAUUUGCAGUAUUUAUUGCAAAUUAUAAUAGUCACAUAAGAUGUCUGUCGGCAUGCAAGUUUCUCAGAAUUCUUUCUUGAAUUGCUCAUGUUAUGCAUUGUUGUUCUUUGAUUUCCCAUUGCCUUAAUCGACUUCUAAUUAUAGCCUCACACUGAAGGUAUACGAAC